ACCUUCCGACGUCAUCAAAACGCGUCUCUGUUAGUGUGGUUUUUUGACUACGGGCACGCGCAGUUUGCUGUUAAAUGGUAAUUUGUAAAUAUAAAAAAGGUUAAGAUGCCUAUGAAAGGAAGGUUUCCGAUCAGGAGGACCCUGGAAUAUCUCCAGAAGGGCGACAUCAUCUUCAAAAACAGAGUGAAGAUUAUGACAGUGAAUUAUAACACACACGGCGAGCUCAGCGACGGAGCAAGAAAGUUUGUGUUCUUCAAUAUUCCUCAGAUUCAGUACAAAAAUCCGUGGGUCCAAAUUAUGAUGUUCAAAAACAUGACGCCGUCGUCCUUCCUGAAGUUCUACCUGGAUGAUGGGGAACAAGUAAUGGUGGAUGUGGAGGGGAAGGACCACAAACAGAUUGCUCAACAUGUUAAGAAGAUUUUGGGCAAAUCAGAAGAGGUGCUACAAGCUGAAGCUCUGGCUAAGAUGCAAGCCUCCAACCCCGCCAACUUUGGGCCAAAGAAGUACUGUCUGAGGGAGUGCAUCUGUGAAGUGGAGGGCCAGGUGCCAUGUCCUGGCACCACGCCGCUGCCUAAAGAGAUGACGGGCAAAUACAAGGCCCAGAUGGCGGCGUCACAGGAGUAGAGUCUGAGGACAGCGGACUUUUGUAGAUUACGGGGACAAUAUUACGGGAUUAUGUUGCUUCAUUUGGUGUUUAUAUAACUAUAUGAAAGGACUGGCACUCAACUGUGAAGCAGGAGGAACCAACCAUCCGUCACAGUGAGACCUGUUGAAGACUUCACAUGGAUGUAUAUGGGGUGACUGUGAUGUCAGCAUUUAAAUAAAACCCAUUUUUCUCA